AUGCCCUUCUUGCGCAUAACGGUCUUGUCUUUUCGGUACGCUCUGAGACGAGGCAGCUCUUUCAUGUUUCUGACUCCAGGACCACACUGGGACUUCACCCUGAAGAGGAAGCGCCGAGAGAAAGACGAUGAUGUAGUCAGUCUUUGCAGCCUUGACUUCAAGGAGCCAAGCAAUAAGCGGGUUCGGCCUUUAGCACGGGUCACAUCCCUGGCGAACUUGAUCUCUCCUGUAAGAAAUGGUGCAGUGCGGCGCUUUGGGCAGACAAUACAGUCAUUUGCCCUUCGCAGUGACAGCAAGUCUCCUGGCUGUGCCCAGAAGUCAUGUAGCAGAUCUGCUGCUCCUACUCCUAAAAGAAGAAACAGCGUACUUUGGUCUGAGAUGUUAGAUGUCAACAUGAAAGAGUCCCUGAGCACCAAAGAAAUUAAGCGCCAGGAGGCCAUCUAUGAAAUGUCCAGGGGAGAGCAGGACCUAAUCGAAGACCUGAAGCUUGCCAGAAAGGCCUAUCAUGAUCCCAUGCUGAAACUCUCCAUCAUGUCCGAGGAGGAACUCAACCACAUAUUUGGGGACUUGGAUUCUUAUAUUCCUCUGCAUGAAGACUUGUUGGCAAGUUUAGGAGAAGCAACAAAACCAGAUGGAACAGUGGAGCAGAUUGGGCCCAUUCUUGUGAAGUGGUUACCACGACUCCAUGCCUACAAAGGUUACUGUAGCAAUCAGCUGGCAGCCAAAGCACUUCUGGAUCAAAAGAAGCAGGACCGGAGAGUGCAGGACUUCCUUCAGCGCUGCCUCGAGUCUCCUUUCAGCCGCAAGCUAGACCUUUGGAGCUUCUUGGACAUUCCUCGCAGUCGGCUGGUCAAAUACCCGCUCCUCCUGAAAGAGAUCCUGAGGCACACUCCCAAAGACCAUCCCGAUAUCCAGAUUCUGGAAGAAGCCAUAUCCAUAAUCCAAGGAGUCCUCUCUGACAUCAACCUGAAGAAGGGGGAGUCAGAGUGCCAGUAUUACAUUGACAAGCUGGAGUACCUGGAUGAGAAGCAGAAGGACCCGAGGAUCGAAGGCAGCAAAGCUUUACUGUGCCACGGGGAGCUGAAGAAUAAAAAUGGACAUAAACUCUACGUCUUCCUCUUCCAAGACAUCCUGGUUUUGACCCGGCCAGUCACUCGCAAUGAGCGUCAGGCCUACCAAGUGUACAGGCAGCCAAUCCCCGUCCAGGAGCUGCUCCUCGAAGACCUGCAGGAUGGCGAUGUGAAAAUGGGAGGAUCCUUCCGAGGAGCUUUUGGCAAUUCCGAUAAAGCUAAAAAUAUCUUCCGAGUUCGUUUCCAAGAUCCCUCCCCAGGCCAGUCCCACACGCUGCAGGCCAACGAUGUCUUCCACAAGCAGCAAUGGGUUAAUUGCAUCCGAACCGCCAUCGCUCCCUUCCAGCGGACUGCCGCCGCCGCCGAGCUGAAGGAGCUGCCCGAGCUGAGCGAAGAGUCGGAGGAGAACAACCCCUCCGCGCCCAACAUCAAAGCCCAGAAGAGGCAAUCUGCCAUCUCUGGCAUCACCGAGAUGGAGUUAGACGAAAGCACAUCCGAGUGCGGCUCCAUCCUGGACUCGGAGGAAGCCAAGGGAGUGAAAACACACCGAACAUCGUCUGGGCACAGAAGAACGAGGGAGAAGCAGCUAAGUGGCAAGCGGAAAGAAACGCUAGUGUAGAGGGGAGCCCAGCGCCAUCCUGGUGGAAGACUGUUUAUUUAUAAAUAACGUGUACAUUUUUUCUUGUAAUGUGAGCAUGAUUGGAUUUGCUCUGCUGAACAGAAUUUUUUUUUUUUGCUUUUUUUUUUUUUAUGUUGUAAUGGCAGCUACUGGUAUACAGUUAACACUGUUGAGCUGGAGUCUGUUUUUACAAA